AUGUUCAACAAUGAUCGCAUGAUGGAACGACACCAUCAAGGCCAACAAUAUAAUUAUAAUAAUGGAAUGAAUGAACAAUUUUCUUCUUCUACAAAUAAUCAAAGGUCGUCAAGAUCUGGUGGGGGAAGAAAGUCCCCUCCUCCAAGAUAUUCUUCUCUAACCCCUGAUUUUGAUAUUGGUCCUCCAUCAUCAAAAACCUAUUCAAGUUAUGCACCAAUGUCCUCUGAACCAAAUCCAGCAUCAAGGACGAGAAAAUCAAUGUACUCUAAUGAACUACCACCAAGCUAUGAAUCCUCUGUAUCUCCAACCCAUUCUCCAAGUCUUAGUAAUAAUAAUAACAUGAUGGAAUCAAAACGAAGAGAAUACCUUCAACAAAAAUUAACUCACCUCAAGAAACAAAAUACAACCUCGUUGGAACAUUUCAAUAUUGUUAGAGAAGAUGUUAGACAAAGUAAGGAAAUGAUGGAAAAACAAAUAAUGCAAACAUAUGGAAUGAUGAAACAAAGAUUGGAAUCAUUACUUCAGGACUCCCUAAGAACACUUCAAGAUAUCGAAAAUGAUAUGACAGAACCACUAGAUACGAAAAUAGAUCAACUGAAGAAAAAUAUGAGAUCUAUUGAUAUGACCGAGUCAGUUCUCUCUCGUCAACCUUAUUCCGAUUCCGUUAAGGAAAAGGUUGAUUUAUGUUUAAAGACAAACAUUCCUCCAUUUUCUUCUGAUAUUGAUAUUUGUAAAUUGACAGACCAAAACACCUUUUCAUUGCUUCGAGCAAGUGCUGGUUUUUUGGCUGAUAGUAAUGGAUUGUCCUCCAUGAAACAACCAACUAGCGGCAGUGGUAGAGUAAACCAAUUGCAUAAUAUGGAUAAACCAAGAUAUGAACAAAAAUAUGAGUCACGAGAAAAGGACUUGAAAGAAUUCAAAUAUUCAGAACCAAGUAGUAAAUAUAAGGAGCGAGAAAAGCCAAACACUAGAAAUAUUCCACCAAGUUUUGAUAAUUUUGAUGAUGAUUCAAAGAGUGACGUGUCUCUAAAUAAUGACUAUGAAUACCCUAGGAAUUAUAACAGUAAGGAAAAGAAGCAAACGAUCAGAAGAAUCUCACCUGACUUUAAGGACGACAAAAGUGAUAGACAUUCAAUUUCAGAUUCAGUAAUUGCUAGUUAUCAACAAUUAGAGGAUUUAUAUUCUCAAACUAAGAAUUUUGCUGUUUUUAAAGGCACUAACUUUUAA